CCUGUGCGCAUGCGCUCUGCGUGGUUCUGGGAAGCCAUGUUAAAGUUACAGUGAAGUCGGACUGAGAUUUUCCUGCCUUUCUGCGUUGUUUUGUUUUUGUUUUUUCUUUUCAUUUUCUGAUCUGCCCUUUUAUUACUGGGGACCUGAAGACAUCGCAAAGAAAAGGGAGAGGCCGCACAUCGGCAGAGAUCCGCACACACCAGCGGCGAUUCCUAAAGUCGAAACGGUGGAGUUCAAAUAAUGAAUUCCAGUUUCGACCUGUCCAGAAGGAAUCCGCAGGAGGAUUUCGAGCUAAUUCAGCGGAUAGGAAGUGGCACCUAUGGAGAUGUCUACAAGGCUCGAAAUGUGAAUACAGGAGAGUUAGCAGCCAUUAAGGUCAUUAAGUUGGAACCUGGUGAGGACUUUGCAGUCGUUCAGCAGGAGAUUGUGAUGAUGAAGGACUGCAAGCAUUCCAACAUUGUGGCCUACUUUGGAAGCUAUCUCAGACGAGAUAAAUUAUGGAUUUGCAUGGAGUUUUGCGGUGGAGGAUCACUGCAGGAUAUAUAUCACGUGACUGGGCCGCUGCUGGAAGCACAGAUAGCGUAUGUGUGUCGAGAAACAUUGCAGGGUUUAUACUACCUUCACAGUAAAGGAAAAAUGCACCGAGACAUUAAGGGGGCCAAUAUUCUUUUAACGGAUAAUGGUUAUGUGAAACUGGCUGACUUUGGUGUGUCUGCUCAGAUAACAGCUACAUUAGCCAAAAGAAAAUCUUUCAUUGGAACUCCAUACUGGAUGGCUCCUGAAGUUGCUGCAGUAGAAAGGAAAGGGGGCUACAAUCAGUUAUGUGACAUCUGGGCUGUUGGAAUAACAGCGAUAGAGCUGGCAGAGCUGCAGCCUCCAAUGUUUGACUUGCAUCCCAUGAGAGCUUUAUUCCUCAUGACGAAAAGCAAUUUUCAACCUCCAAAACUUAAAGACAAAGUUAAAUGGACAAAUAAUUUUCAUCAUUUCGUGAAAAUGGCACUGACCAAGAAUCCUAAGAAACGGCCUACAGCUGAGAAGCUUUUACAGCAUCCAUUUGUAACUCAACCAUUGAGCAGAACCCUAGCAAUUGAAUUGCUGGAUAAAGCGAAUAAUCCUGAUCAUAGUACUUACCAUGAUUUUGAUGACGAUGAUCCAGAGCCACCGAUUGUUGUGCCGCACAGAAUCCACUCCACGAGUCGAAAUGUGAGGGAAGAGAAAACGCGCUCAGAGAUCAACUUUGGACAAGUAAAGUUUGAUCCACCAAUGAGAAAGGAGACAGAACCGCACCACGAGCUCCCUGACAGUGAGGAUUUUUUGGACUGUUCAGAAGAAUUGUACUACACAGCAAGAUCAAACCUGGAUAUUCAACUAGAAUACGCACAAGGACCUCACAGUAGUUGUUUCUUCGGACAAAAUAAGAGCCUGCUAAAAUCCGUGGAAGAAGAGCUUCAUCAGAGGGGACAUGUGGCACAUUUAGAGGAUGAUGAUGGUGAUGAUGAUGAAACUCAACACUCUUCCAGCUCAACUAUGAGACCCAAAGUGCCACCACCUCUACCACCCAAGCCCAAGUCAAUCUACGUCCCUCAAGAGAGCCAUUCCAUCGACGAAGACAGCCAAGGGACCAUUAAGAGAUGUCCGUCGACGCAGAGCCCUGCCAGGCCACAAACCAAUGUUCCUCCCAGACCCCCACCUCCCCGGCUUCCCCCUCACAAACUCAGCAGCUUAGGUAAUGGAAACGAGCGAAAUGAGAACAGCAGCGACGGCGAAGGGCAGACUGAAGCCUUUGGCCGAUUGUCUUGGUUGCUGGAUGACUUGCAAGAGAGCAGACUUAAGAGGAAUGGCGUCAAUGCCUGUCAGUUAAAUGGUGACAAAGACAACUACGGCCAGCAGAGCAGUGAGAAGCAGAGCACCAUCCCGCCCGCCGUGCCCACCAGAAAAGACAAGAAAGAAGGCUUGAAACCAAUAAGCAACGGCCUUCCACCAACUCCCAAAGUGCAUAUGGGAGCCUGUUUCUCAAAGGUCUUCAACGGCUGUCCUUUAAAAAUCCAUUGUGCCACGUCAUGGAUAAAUCCAGACACGCGAGACCAGUAUUUGAUUUUUGGUGCUGAAGAAGGAAUUUACACGUUGAACCUUAAUGAACUGCACGAGACAUCCAUGGAGCAGUUGUUUCCCCGAAGAUGCACUUGGCUGUACGUCAUGAACAACUGUUUGCUGUCCAUUUCUGGCAAAGCUUCACAGCUCUACUCUCACAAUCUGAUCGGCCUCUUCGAGUAUGCUCGACAGAUGCAGAAGUUGCCUGUUGCCAUUCCGACUCACAAGCUUCCUGACCGAAUUCUUCCCAGGAAGUUUGCCGUAUCGACAAAAAUUCCGGACACAAAAGGUUGCCAAAAGUGUUGCGUGGUGCGGAAUCCUUACACAGGACACAAGUAUCUAUGCGGGGCAUUUCAGUCCAGCAUUGUAUUACUGGAGUGGGUUGAACCAAUGCAGAAGUUUAUGCUAAUAAAGAAUAUAGACUUCCCUUUGCCAUGUCCACUUGAAGUGUUUGAAAUGCUCGUCGUUCCUGAGCAGGAGUACCCGUUGAUCUGCGUUGCCGUCAGCAAAGGAACCGAAUUUAACCAAGUUGUCCGCUUUGAGACGGUCAACCCCAAUUCCACUUCAUCCUGGUUUACUGAAACAGAUACACCGCAGUCGUGCGUGAUUCACGUCACCCAGCUCGAGAGAGACACCAUCUUAGUGUGCCUCGAUCGGUGUAUAAAAAUCGUCAAUCUGCAAGGAAGGUUGAAGUCCAGUCGAAAGCUUUCCGCCGAGUUAACGUUUAACUUUCAAAUCGAGUCAAUAGUUUGUCUGCAAGACAGCGUUUUGGCUUUCUGGAAACACGGCAUGCAAGGAAGAAGCUUCAGGUCAAAUGAAAUCACUCAAGAAAUCUCGGAUAACACCAGAAUAUUCAAGCUGUUAGGCUCGGACAGGGUGGUGGUUCUGGAAAGCCGACCCACUGACAACCCAACAGCCAACAGUAACCUGUACAUUUUAGCGGGACACGAGAACAGUUACUGACGGCGGUGCAUGGAGUUUGAGGCGCUCGCUCAGGAAUGGAGUUGGACGACACUACUGCUUGCGCAUCUCAGAGCGUUUGGACCUCGACGGCAUUUGAGUUGCGUUGGACUCUAUUUAUUGUGGCAUGUCAUGAAGGCGCGGAGGACUUUUGUUUUGUUGGUUUUUAUUUUAUUUUAAGUGUUGCCACCACUUCUUUUACCACACAAGUGCUUAACUGACUUCUCUGUAAUCUUUGUACAUAUAUCUGUAGUAUUUUGGAAGCCGCUUACUUCAUUCAGUUGAAGGUGUACACUAAGACGUAAUGUAGAUAUUAGCGCGUAUUCGGUUGUACAGGCGUCCUAACUGUACAGAUGUAAAGGACUGGGAGUGUUGCAAAUAAUUAUUUGAGAUUAAUAUUUAAGGGCUCGGGUGGAGCUGAAUAAUCAUCCGAACACGGCAGACCAGAGCGCUGCACCCACGCGACUAACAACGAUUUUAAUCAUGGCAUCGAUUUCACUUACAUGCCAAUCUUUUUAACCGUACAUUUGUUUUUGCUUUUUUUUUUUUAAAUCUUUCUCUUUUUAAGUUGCUCGUAUCUUCAGUACCGCGGUGUACAAACACUGCUGUCUUUCCAAUUUGCACAUCGAGUGUUACAAAUGUAUCCUGUAAAAAAAACAAAAAUGAAAUCUGUACGUAUACUCACUUAGGCAAGCUGUGAUUUUGUGGAUUUCGUCAUCACAAUCGACGAGACGUCUAGCCGGAUAGUGGAACGCACCUUUCUACAGUAACUGACACAAAUCAAUGUAUCAUACUGAAAUAUUAUUCUUUUAUACGUGUUUGUUUCGUUUUCUAACUGCAGUUUUUAGCUGAGUUUGUCAACGCGCUGUCUGUCCGGUGGUACGGGCCUCAGGCCUCGAGUGUCUUAAUUCUGCCAAACGUCGUUAUUACGGAGUAGAUUGUCACCUGCAGUUUCAUGUUACUGUGAAGUACGCAAUCUUAACGAGCGCAAACAUUCCUUGUCGGAGAUACCCGGGGACUUCCACGAGUUUUAAGACGAUGCCAAAAUGUACUUUAGGUUGGAGUUCUCAUCACACGACGGCCAAAAUUAGUUAGGGAUUCUACCUCGUGCAAUUCUGUUUGGUUGGGGUGCCAUUAACGCUAAGGAAAUGCCCACUACGACAUGUUUCUCCCCACCCCAUUGUGAUCUGUCGCCACAAGACGGAUGCGUAGCUCACACAAACUUCUGAUUGUUUUUUUUAAUUUUAUUUUAAAUUUAUCAAUAACAUGGUUACAUUUUCGCUAUGUGCUGCAUCGUGUAUAUAAUGUAAAAUAAAAUCUGUCAGUUUUA